UUGCCCUGCUUCCCGCAAAGCUUCUGGAUCAACAGAGACGGAAGCACCAGAGUAGUUAGUCACCGGUCAGCAGAAGGGCUCGGUCCGUCAGUCAGUGUAGCUAGUUAACAUACGAAGAGGUGAAUUAACAAGUCGUCGAAACCGAGGUGGUUGUGAAAGCUGGAGCCGAGCCGCGCAGCUGUGGAGAGCAGCUGCCCGCAGAUCAGUGAGGUUAGCCGGGACAGAGCUAACAGACAUAGCGGUGCAGGAGACGGUCUCUGUUUGGACUGUUUUAAGUUAUUAAGACUCGAAACUACACAAGGACCUCAAGAAACUUCUGAGACGACAGGAGAGAGCGAGUAUGCGGCUGGAGUCAAGGGUUUUGUAGGAUGAAGAGCCCGGCGCACCGCACCAGGGACAUCGAGCGGCAAGCCGGCUACUUGAAGCCCGAGCACUGCGCCCCUCCUCCGCCUCGCACUGGCUCUGACACCAUGUGGUUCAUCCGCGACGGCUGCGGCAUCGUGUGCGGCGUCAUCACCUGGCUCCUGGUCUUCUACGCCGAGUUUGUGGUGGUGUUUGUGAUGCUACUGCCCGCCAAAAACAUCGCCUACAGCCUCUUCAACGGGGUGCUGUUCAACGGCCUCGCUUUCCUCGCCCUUGCCUCUCAUGCCAAGGCGAUGUGCACAGACCCUGGAGCUGUGCCGAAAGGAAAUGCCACCAAAGAGUUCAUUGAAAGCCUGCAGCUAAAACCAGGACAGGUGGUGUACAAAUGUCCCAAGUGCUGCAGCAUCAAGCCCGACAGAGCUCACCACUGCAGUGUGUGUAAACGCUGCAUCAAAAAGAUGGACCACCACUGUCCCUGGGUGAACAACUGUGUGGGAGAGAACAACCAGAAAUACUUUGUGCUUUUCACAAUGUAUAUUGCACUUAUAUCCUUCCAUGCUCUCAUCAUGGCAGCAUUCCACUUUGUUCUCUGCUUUGAAGAAGACUGGACAAAGUGCAGUAACUUCUCCCCACCAGCAACAGUAAUCCUCCUCAUCCUCCUCUGCUUCGAGGGUCUCCUCUUUCUAAUCUUCACGGCAGUCAUGUUUGGGACUCAGGUCCACUCCAUCUGUACUGACGAGACGGGUAUCGAACAACUUAAAAAGGAGGAGAGACGCUGGGCCAAGAAGUCCAAAUGGAUGAACAUGAAGGUGGUGUUUGGCCAUCCGUUCUCUAUAGCCUGGCUCAGCCCCUUUGCAGCCCCUGACCACGGCAAGGCAGACGUGUACCAGUACAUUGUGUGAAUGCUGCAAACUGAGCUGUGGACUCAAACUGGACCUCAAUGAGCAUGAACUCCUUCUGACCACUUUCACGUAUUCUUGUCUUUUUUUUCUGACUGAUAUUUCAGGAUGUUUUUCUGUUAGCCUCCACGUUGUCAAAACAUUUAUUUUUUAAAAAACUUAUCUCCUUUUUCAUUUUAUCAUUUCUGUCUUGGGCCUGACUGAGACUAAAGAGCUCCAGCUGUACAGAAAAGCCACAAGGACAAGAAAACAAACCAAGCAAAAAGAUUUGACAUGAAGCGCUUGAUAAACAUUGGAGAAACGACACCAAGACAAUGAUUUCUACCUUCUUUGGAGUAACAUUUCCUGCAGUUUUGUCCCAUCAUGUCCUGCUUCCACAAUCACAAUGUGAUGCCAAAACUGCAGACCUGAAUGUUUUCGCCCAAAGCAGUGCAGUCCAGGUGCCAAAUCUGACUCUGGGGUUAUGUCUUCCUGUAAACAUUGUAACAGGACAACCUGCCAAAUCCUUUAUUUGCUUUAUUUCUCUUGCGGCAGUAGUCUUUUGCUGAGGAUGAGUUGCCUUAGAGAGCGGUGCAUGAGAGAGCGAUGGUGUGAUUGCCUUAAUUUGGCUGUCUGGGUGACAUAAAAUCACAUUUGAUUUGAGAUUAUGUUAAAUAAGUUUGUAGUUUGAUGCUAGAACACUGUGAAAGACAGUCAGAGGUGGUAGAGAGAGCAGAGGCUGGUGGAGGUUUUAAUCCUUAAGAUUUAAGUCAACACAAAAGUCAGAUUUUCUCACUCAAAAUGUUUACAUGCGUAGUAAAGUGGAGCUACAGUUUUAGCUCGAUUAGAUGAUUUAGCUGGACCACUGUCCUAGUAUACAUGCACAGCAGCAAAAUCAAUUCAUUGAUGAGAGCAUGUCCAGUAGGUUGCAAUUGCUCUUCUUCUUGUCAACUCAACAAGUUAGCAAACAGCUAACCAGUUGAUUUGUUUUUUUGUUUUUUUUUGCUUCACUUCAGGCACAAAUGAGAUAAACACUACUCCUCUCUCAUAUCUGAAGGCGGACGAUGAUGCAACUUCUUUGAAUGCUGAGGAUUUUGGCUGUUCAUCUUCUAGGUUGUAGCCAGCAAAAAAAUAAUGUCAAAUACUUUGACACUACAUAUUUUUAUAGGCUACAAUCUCCAUUGUAUCUUCACUGCUUUAGAAAUCAACAUCUAUUUCAUACCACUCAGAGGCUGAGAAGAAUCAAUCAGUUAAUUGUAUUUAAACUCCUGCACAUUUCUAGACUCAUAUGAAAAUUUGCAAACAUAUGUGCAGCUUAGAUGGUGCUUAGAGCUCCUGAUAAUGUGCCUAGGACUUCUAUUUAUAUUGCUGUAGUAUUGAAACAAGUGUUCGUUCUCUUUGAUAACAUCUUAUCUAACUCUAAAAUUCUACUAUCAUGAGAACUCUACAAGAAAUAGACUAGUGUAGAGCAGUAACACCUACUCUAAAUCUGUUGACACUAAAAAAAACUCAUAGUUGAGUCUAAAUCUGUGGUUGAAACCAUAAAAAUCUCAAGGAUUUCAACUUUGUCUGACCCUUUGCUGGGAAUCUAACUCCUGUUUUUGGCAAGAUCGUAAGUGACGUGAGUUUCAUUAUGAAUGAGAUAGCUUUGACAAGUGUCCUCCUAAUUAUUUAACAUCUCUUUGUGCUGUAAAUCUAACCAGCAUCUUUGCUCUAACUACUUCUUUCACCAUCACCAGCUCAAAUGACAUCAGGGAAUAAAGCAAUAGACAUUGCUCUGAGAAUGCACUGAACCUUAGUGUUAUUCACUCGCUUAUUGUUUAUAAUCAUGAGCCUGAACUGGCGGAUAAAGCCAACCGGGUUAAGGAUAAUAACAUUUAUCAUGUUUGUCACAUAGAACAUGUGAAUGAGGGCCUAAAGAGCACACUUUAAAUUCAUGUUUCAUUUGUAAGCAGAGCAAGACUACUCAGUGUGAAUAAAAGAGUUUGUGUUAGUUGAAUUUCAUGCAGAUUGGAAAUAUUCCUCUUCAAAGCAUUUAACCCUAGAAAUGCCUUUGCCCAAUAAUGUUCAAAAGCCUUAUUUUACUAUUAAUCAUGCUUUUAAAACACUAAAAGGACAUAAUGACCGUACAUGUUGCCAAACUUAUUACUUGAUGAAAGCUGGGAUUUUAUUGAUUAUGGUCAAGAGACUUUUUGUUAAGCAUGUCAAAAUCACUGUAGUUUUUAAAAAUUGUAAUAACAUUACCACCACAGGGAGAUGCAACACUUGCUUUUCCGUUUACACAGCCAGCACACUAGCUUUCUUUUUCUUGAACUGUUUCUUUUGUUGUUUGUGGUCAGGUACUACUUACUGAGGACCACAUGAUGUGUUUUUGUUUGUUUUCAACUGUGAUAUUUCUUUAAAAGGAAUGACAUUAAACAAUAUGUAUAUGAA